AAUAUUCACUGCCAUAGCUUAGCUAUAGCUUCAACCACUAUCUGUUGAAGUUUUAAGCAGAUUGCAGAGACCAAAAAUGGGCUGUUUCGGAUCGUCGCUAAAUAAACAAGAAAGAACGGCGAAACAGAUAAGGAAGCCAAAGCCUUGGAAGUUCCCGCGGCCAGUUACAUGGAGUCAGCUGGUGCAGAUGCGCGACGAGUUCUGGGAUACAGCUCCCCACCAUGGUGGCAAGAAAGAAAUAUGGGAUGCGAUACAUGCAGCUGCUGAAGCUGAUAUAGAGCUUGCUCAAGCAAUUGUGGACAGUGCAGGGGUCAUUGUUCAUAAACCUGAUAUGACAGUUUGUUAUGAUGAAAGAGGUACGAAAUAUGAAAUACCAAGGUAUGUCUUGAGUGAGCCAACAAACUUGAUACAACUAAGUUGAAAGCACGGGAAACACAAAGCGCAAAAUAUAGCAAAAGAGAGGUUGUGUAUCAUGUAGAACCGUUUCCUCCGAGUAGUUUUUCAGGCCUGGUUCACUUUUACUUUUGAACUUUCCAGGCUUAUGAUUUCAUUGUGAUACCAACACUUCAAAAUAUCACUCUUCUGAUGAGUUUUUAGGCAUAUUUUUGUGUUAUGCUUCCCAGCACUUCUAUUAAAAAUAAACUGCAACUCUCAACCUUC